AACGUGGUCAACUUGGAGCGGCACUUCCUGCAAGGAGAGCGACUCCACCUUCUGCACGAGCACUGCGCGCGCGGAGACCUGCUCGAGAUCAUGCAGCAAGAGCUUCGCCUUCAAACGGCCGGCGUCUCUCCUCAAAGCUCCUCGAUGAUGACUUGCACCGAUGCGGGGAGACGUCGUGUGUUCCGCUCUGUGCUGCGCGGUGUGCAAGUACUGCACAGCGCUGGUAUCGCCCACUUGGACCUGUCGCCGGAAAAUGUUUUCGUCACCGAGUCUGGCGUCGUGAAAGUUGGGGAUCUGGGCCACGCUCAGCGAUUCAGGCUCGACCGGCCAAACGUUCAAGUCUUACAAGUGGCCAAGGAGGCGUAUGCUGCACCAGAGUUACUGCGUCGCUGUGAAGUGGAAGAUGCCCGACAGGCUGACGCUUGGUCACUCGGAGUCAUUCUGUGGACCCUGUGCACCAAGCGCGCUUUGGUACGCCGGGUCUGGGUUGACAGUGACAGACUCUUCCGUCGAAUGGUUGAGCGCGGCUCAGCGAUCGCACUCCAGGAGACUGGCCUGCUAUCGCAAAUGCCAGCUGCGUGUUGUGACCUGCUUGCCGGGCUUCUCGACGUGAAUCCCAAAUCAAGACUCUCCGUGGAGGCGGCUCUGCAGCAC